GCUUGUUGGCAUCUAUCUCUAUCCCUCUCUAUAUAUUUUCUCCCUAGAACUAUUUCUCUUCUCUUUAUAUUUCUCCCUCUCUCCCUCUCUUUGUAACACAAACCAAGAUGGGGAAUGGAGGGCGAUGCAUGGUGGAGGUGGUGAUACUUCUUGUGUUGAUGGCUAUGUCGCAAGGAUGCGAUGCGCAGAAUACUACCGGAGGACUGACGAGAAAGAGCUUCCCUAAUGGCUUCGUCUUUGGAACCGCUUCAUCGGCUUAUCAGUAUGAAGGUGCUGUCAAGGAGGACGGAAGGGGGCCAACCAUUUGGGACAAAUUCGCACAUACAUUUGGAAAGAUCAUUGACUUCAGCAAUGCUGAUGUUGCAGUGGAUCAGUACCACCGUUUCGAGGAAGAUAUUCAGCUUAUGGCAGACAUGGGGAUGGAUGCAUAUAGAUUCUCAAUUUCAUGGUCUAGGAUUUUCCCAAAUGGCACUGGUGAGGUCAACCAGGCAGGCAUUGAUCACUACAACAAGCUAAUCAACGCAUUACUAGCUAAAGGAAUUGAACCAUAUGUAACGCUCUAUCACUGGGACCUUCCACAAGCUUUGGAGGACAAGUACACUGGGUGGCUUGACAGGCAGAUCAUCAAUGAUUAUGCGGUAUAUGCUGAGACGUGCUUCCAGGCAUUUGGGGACAGGGUGAAGCACUGGAUCACCUUCAACGAGCCCCACACCGUCGCGGUGCAGGCCUAUGACAGCGGGAUGCAUGCACCGGGCCGCUGCUCGGUGCUCCUGCACCUCUACUGCAAGAAAGGGAAUUCAGGCACCGAGCCCUACAUAGUUGCUCAUAACAUGAUCCUCUCACAUGCCACGGUUUCAGACAUAUACAGGAAGAAAUACAAGGCAAGUCAGAAUGGGGAGCUGGGGAUAUCUUUUGAUGUUAUAUGGUACGAACCAAUGUCAAAUUCCACAGCUGACAUUGAAGCCGCCAAGAGAGCACAGGAAUUCCAGCUAGGAUGGUUUGCGGAUCCCUUCUUCUUCGGAGAUUAUCCGGCAACGAUGAGAUCGAGAGUGGGAAGCAGGCUACCGAAGUUCACGGAGAAAGAGGCUGCACUUGUGAACGGAUCACUGGACUUCAUGGGGAUCAAUCACUAUACCACAUUCUACACAAAGGAUGACCAAUCUACUGUAAUAGAAAAAUUGCUGAACAACACCUUGGCAGAUACUGCAACCAUCAGUGUCCCCUUCAGAAAUGGACAGCCAAUUGGGGAUAGGGCCAACUCGAUAUGGUUGUACAUCGUGCCUCGUAGCAUGAGGAUCUUGAUGAACUAUGUCAAGGACAGAUACAACAAACCAACUGUCUACAUAACAGAGAAUGGAAUGGAUGAUGGCAACAGCCCCUUCAUCUCUCUGAAGAAUGCCCUCAAGGACGACAAGAGGACCAAAUACCACAAUGACUAUCUUACAAACUUAGCAGACUCCAUAAGGGAGGAUGGUUGUGAUGUUCGCGGGUAUUUUGCAUGGUCUCUUCUUGACAACUGGGAGUGGGCCGCUGGAUACACCUCGAGAUUCGGAUUAUACUACGUAGACUACAAGAACCGGAAGAGAUACCCAAAGAAUUCAGUGCAGUGGUUCAAGAAUCUCUUGGCAUCCUCCUCUUGAUCAAAUUGAGUCGCCUAUAUAUCAAGAUGCCUUGAUCAUUGCUACCCUACUACUACCUAGUUGUGAUUUAUACACGCAGGAUUGCAUACCGAGCAGUGACCAUUCAUGUAUUCAUUGAUUGUAUAAAGAGAUAUCAUGCAUGGACUUGUUGUACAUAAUUCAUAAUAUUCUUGCACCAAAAACUGAAUAAACACAGAUUGUAAUAAUAAAAUAGAUACAUUUUGAUGCUACAAGAAAAAGGCGCACAUUUGGUCU